AUGGCUGAGAAGAGCCUUGCCGAACUGGCAGAGUUGCAGGCCAUGGCAAAGGCUUUCCUCGAAGCCGCGGCAAGGGCUUUCCGCGAAGCCGAGUCAAGGGCUUUCCUUAAAGCCGAGGCAAGAGCUUUCCUCGAAGCCGAUGCAAGGGUUCUGGAGCGUAAUCCACUGCCUGAUAUCUAUGCUGCACCGGUAACUGACGAUUUCCUUCACUGGACGGCAAGCAUAUCUGGACCAGCAGGAACUCCGUAUGAAGGUGGGCUUUUUCAUCUAACCGUGAUGUUUCCAAACGACUUUCCGUUGAACGAUCCCAAAAUAGUCUUCAAAACGAAAACCCUGCACCCGAUAGUGAAUACAGAUGGUCGUGCAUGUACCUACUGUAUACUGAAUGGGUUACCGUUCGACAAAGGAUUCUGGUUCGUUUAUGGAGUAAGGCGUAUCCUCAAAUCCAUCUUUAAAAUGUUGAGUGAUCCGUUUUCGUGCGCCGCGCACCCGGAUGAUGAAGAUGCAGCGAUGUUCACAACAAGUCCCGACUUGUAUGAAAGGAAAGCCAAAGAAUGGACACAGAGGUACGCCAUGAUAGAACGCUGGCAGCGAGCUGGAGGCUGA